AAAUCGUAGUGCUUUAUAGCGUGGGGAAAGCGGGACUGGUGGAACUGAGAUAAAGGUCCAUGCUGCCGGUGUUGGUGUUGUUGGAGCAGUGUGUUUGUGAGAAUAUGUCUGCGUAAUUCGCUGUAUCAAAUUGUGUCAGCAGUCCUGGCUGUGGAAUAAAUGCAAGGAAUGAACGAAUAACUUUUACAACUUUGCGGCCACAUUUUGUUACCAACAGGUAUAAAAAAUUGUGGAAGUGAAGGAAAAAUACUCUAUUUUAACGUAUCAUCAAAGUCGUUGUAUUCAUUCCGGAUACGAAAAAAUUGAAAGUGCGUAAACGGAGUCGUCGAAAUACAAAAAAAAACCGCACACCACAUCAUCAUCUCUCGUCGGCCGAACUACGAGGACAGUCCAAAGGAAUUGACGCAAAACGGAAAGUAAGCGAAAGUUCUCCUUCCGGUACGAUUGAGGAAAACUUCUUCAGAUACCCAUCCCGCAGUCAAACCUACAGCUCGUGGUACUAGGGAAGCCGAGGAUUGGAGCUGUUUGCAUUCGCAAACUCGUUAUCACCUGGGUAGCAUACAUUUUUGAUAACCACAAUCACAGCUCGUUUCGUUAAACGGCUGCUUCAUCUACCUGGAAAAGCGUUGCGAUAGUGGUGCUCUUUGGCAAUAAGAUUUAACCUCGACAAAAAAAAAUAUGGCCAGCCUAAUGCAGCCCUCGACGGCUCGUUCACAGCAGGCUGUACACCAGCACCAUAUUGCCAUUGAGAUUGCUUCCGAACCAACGCCACAUCCGUCCCAAGCGCAGCAGUACCAACAGCAACAGCAGCAGAUUCAUCACCAGGAGUUGCAAGCCCACGCAUUGCUCGCCCAGUGCCAACAGCAGCAGCCUCUGUCGCUUCCCUCAUCCAACGUUGACAUCGUGCUGCGAGAAUCCACCCGCGCCAAUUUGAUCAGCCGGAAGAAGACAUCCAUAGUGGCGGCCAAGCAGGCGGGCAAACCCAGCGGAAAGGGGGAGAAAAACGAGGGCAAAUCAGUUUACCGAAAGUUCUUCAAGCGCAUCAAGACGAUACUGGAUGGAGCGGAUCCGACUACGAGCAGUACAGAACCUGAAGCCGAGGAUUUGCCCGUUCCGCAACGCUACUACCCGGACUCGCUGGGAGAGAUCACGCGCACCGCCCGCUUCACCGAGGAUGAAAUCAAGCGGAUAUACCGCGGCUUCAAAGCGGAAUGUCCCACCGGCAUCGUGAAGGAGGAUACCUUCAAAGGCAUCUAUUCGCAGUUUUUCCCGCUCGGUGCCAGCAGUGGCCAGUACGCGCAUUACGUAUUCAACUCCAUCGAUCUCGACCGCAAUGGCUCAUUAAGCUUCGAGGAGUUUGUGGCAAACUUAUCGAUUCUGCUGAGAGGCACCGUGGACGAGAAACUACAGUGGACCUUCUCGCUGUAUGACAUCAACGGGGACGGUUGCAUCACGAAGGAAGAGAUGAAGGAGAUCGUGACCGCCAUCUACGAACUGAUGGGCAAAGUACCGGAGGGAUGUGACGAGGAGCAGGCGAUUAAGGAAAAAGUUGAGAGGCUAUUCGAGAAAAUGGAUCGCAACUGUGACGGUAAAAUAACACUCGACGAGUUCAUUGAGUGCUGCACAAACGACGAGAGCAUCCGACGGUCGAUAGCAGUUUUCGACACCAUAUUCUAAACGGCGUCUCCAUCGAUGUAAACUUGAAAGGCAAUAUCGACAUGAGCAGCAGCAGCCACAACUAUUCCACAUUGCACCGGUGCCACAGGAAACGAAGAGAGGUGAUAAAAUGCGAACAACUUGUUUCUUCCUAAUUUAUUGGCCACAUGUACGAGUCUCUGUUACCACCCACGAGCACCCACAGCGGAAGUUCAACCAAGCAACAGCCAAUGUACCAAAAUCGGCAACGUUAGCAAUUUAACUUUGGAAGCAUAAUUUGAAUCCUUAUGUAAAGGAUAAACCGAGAAUGUAAUGUAGCAUAUAGCAGGUGAAUUGAAAUUCCCAUACUCUUGCAUAGUUUCAGAAUAUUUCUAGCGAGGAGUUCUUGUAUGUUGACCGAAGAUAUUGCGAAUUAUUGAUAACAAAAACAAAAGACAAAUGAGUGUGAUUAGCUUUCGUGCAAAACGUACAAUCAAUGGAAUGUCGAAAUGAUUUCAAAAAAGAAAACGACUCUGGCAGGAUCUUUGAACUAAACAGCGUAUAUCAAUACUGUCAAAUAACACUAAGAUUAUCCUUCAAACGAGGGAUUGAGUUGAUGCUUCGAACGGCGGGAGAUGGACAAUAAUAAUUAUGUGACAUCCUCUUUGUGGAGGCGAAAGUAUUAUGUGAUAAACUCGAGCAACAGCAGGGCCAUUUACGAGCAACAGCGUGUUAUAGUAAGAUACUGUAUGGAGAAAAUAGCUAAUUGUUAUCUAAGCUGGUCUAGGCGGAAGAUUAAUGUCGACAAUGGGUACUGGCAAGAACUUUACUAUUUCCUUUCGCUGCCUCUCUUUUUCUCUGAAUCGUACGAUCUACUGUUCCAUGUUUCAGCCUGCUCUACACUCAUUGCUUCUUAUUACAUUUGUUGGUGAUUAGGUAUCUGGUGUGGAGAUUACAAAUGAAAAAGAUUAAUUGUACGAAGGAAUAUAGCGAAUACUACAUUGGAAAUUAUUAUUCAUUGUCCAUUUCUGAGAUGACGGAAAUAGCAAUUCCACAAUCUCAAGUUUAAUUAAGUACAAUAAAUAGAGAAGAUCUUGAUGUCAAGUCUCACCAUCACAAGUUUUUCGAUCGGUUCAGAAAAAAAACACGAAAAAAUCUCUUUCAAAUUGGUUACACAAAAAAAAUUUAAAGCAAAGAAACAUGAUACAGGAUUCUUAACAAUUACAGUUAAAAUUUUAUACGAACUUAAACAAAAUUUUUGAAGAUAUAUUGGUUAAAUUUGGCCAAAAUUCUUGUGCAAUGUUAUUGAAAUGUGUCUUCACCCUGCUGAAGUUUCGAUUUUUGAUUUUUUGUUAUGAUUUUUGUAAAUUUAAUACAUGGCUUUUAUGGUGAACAUUUUGAAACCAAGCAGAUAUUCCACAAUCUCAAGUUUAAUUAAGUACAAUAAAAAGCGAAGAUAAGAUCUUGAUGUCAAGUCUCACCAUCACAAGUUUUUCGAUCGGUUCAGAAAAAAAAACACGAAAAAAACUUGUCUCUUUCAAAUUGGUUACACAAAAAAAAUUUAAGCAAAGAAACAUGAUACAGGAUUCGUAACAAUUACAGUUAAAAUUUUAUAUGAACUAAAACAAAAUUUUUGAAGAAAUAUUGGUUAAAUUUGGCCAAAAUUCUUGUGCAAUGUUAUUGAAAUGUGUCUUCACCCUGCUGAAGUUUCGAUUUUUGAUUUUUUGUUAUGAUUUUUGUAAAUUUAAUACAUGGCUUUAAUGGUGAACAUUCUGAAACCAAGCAGAUAUUUGAUCACAAUGCGAAGUUGUUGACUGGAACAAAAAAAAAUAUAAAGAGGUUGUGUCCAAGCCGCGACGGUAUUGUUAACGAAGGACUGCGAUAUUGGGCCCUAUUAUACAAAUCGAAUCGAGAAGUCGAUACAAUCACUAUCAUUAUCACACCAGGGGAUAGUAACUUCAAGCAAAAAAGUGGGACCGAAUCGAGAUUGCUUUUAUGUAAACAGUGAACUUUUUUUACACUCUAAAAAUUGGACCGACUUGCACUGACAACUGAAUGAUAUUGUCAAUUUAUGCGAGAUGCCUCAAAACAGCUGGGAAUAAAUAUUGUUUAUAUACAGUAAGUUACAUUUAAUGCGACGUUUAGAUUAUUGGACAGACCUGUAAUGUGACACGUUUAAUUAGACAUUUUUGUAAACAUCGAGUUCGGGGCCUAAAUUAUGGCGCCACAUUAAAGUUGCCACCAGACGUCGAUACUGUACCACUCACAUCGCCAAUGUUCAAUUACAGGCCAAAAUCGCCUCUAAAGCGACACUGAGUGGUGCCUCGGCAUGUCGUAUCAAAUUUAAAUAACUGUAUUAUUUUGUUAUUUAUGUUCGCAUAAUAAGCAACGAACACACAUUUAUUUUCCACUUGCAAUAGUAUUCACGAUGAUUGGAUGGAUGAAUAUACGACUCCUACAUGCAUCUAAUACGACUAUUGUCAUGCUUAUACCAAACAACAGACAACCAAAAAAAGAAUGGCGGAAAACGUUUUUGAUAAUAAUGAUAAUUAUUAUAGAUUUUUGUAAAUACAUGUAUGUUUGGAAUAUUACGUUAAAAAUUAUUUUUAAGUCAGAAUAUUUCCGGUUUCAAGAAAAGUGAAAGUUAAAGUUGCUUUUUUCAUUUUUAACUUUGAGAACGAGAGACUAUCUGUUUACCGGUCUUUUGAGUUCUGAUAAACAAAGUGACAAAAAUAAAUUAGUUCAACUUCGUCAUUCAAUUGCACUUAACUCAAAACUGUAAACAUGAGAUUAUGAACUUGACAAAUUAAGCUGUCAAGUAUGCCAACCCAGCAAACAUUAAAUCGUAUAACUGUCGUAUAUAGAGCAUCGAAUAGCUGAUAUUUUGGGCGGUAUAUGAUGCGCCCAAAUAGCAUAUACAGUAAGUUACCUCUAAUCCUCGACAUACCGAGGCACUAUUCAGUGUCGCAUUAGAGGUGAUUGGCCGGUAAUUGGACAUUCACGAUGAUAGUGGUACAAUGUCGACGUCUGGUGGCGACUUUCAAUCCGGGGCCAUACUUUGGGUACCAAACUCGAUGUUUACAAAAUAUCCAAUUAGAGAUGAAAAUGUCCAAUUAUUUGUGUUCCAUUACAGGUCUGUCCAAUUAACUAAAUGUCAAAUUAGAGGUAACUUACUGUACAUGCAAGGUUAUUAGGCAAUACCUAAUAACAUCAUAAGUAUGUUGUCAUACGAAUAUACGAUUCAUCACUGCCAUAAAAAAAUGGCGGAAAAUAUUAAAGUAAAAUGUUUGGCUAAAAUGUUUGGCUCCUUUUUUGUAUGUAUAUAGAACCUUUAUAAACAUUUAUGUUUGUACAAAUAGGAAUCAAUCAAUUGACUUUUAGUGAUAUAAAUAUUUGAUAUUAGUGAUGGCGACGGUUAUAAAAUUGCUUCUAUGGGAUUUGAACUCCGGUUGUUUGGAUUAUCAAGCAGCAGCUAUCUCGUACGAAAGAGUUGCAUUCGGAUACUUCAUUCCUGAUUGUUUAUUGUGCUUUAGUGGAAAUAUCGCAAAGUUUCAAGUAAUCAAAUAACAUGAAGUAAAAAAUUUCAUUCAUAUUCUAACAAUUUAAAACUGCUUUCGGGCCUGCCCAGCAAACAUUAAAUCGUAAAAAAAAUUCGAGGGGUUGUAUCCGAGACACGACCGCUUAGAACGUAGGACUACGGAAUCUUUUUUCUUUUGAAAUUUGAUGAUUUAUCAUUUCGAAUAUUAUUUGCGAAUACGUCGAAAUUUCAUAAAUAACUCUUUAGUAAAAAGUUCCGGGAACCUUGAAAAGGUUUAAUGGCUUGCGUAGUUUUGUAGAAUCAUUUCGAGAAGCAACGAUCAUUUUUUGCCUUUGCGAGAACAAUACACUAAUUGGUCAUAUGGCACAAUUCGUUUCUUUCAAUCAACGCACGCAUUGCACCGAAUAUUAACGAGAGGCAUCUUCCGUGCAUCGCCAUCAAAGACGAAUGAACUCUCUGAGUUUCAAGUGUCUAUAAUUCAAAAGAAGAAGAAGAAGAAGUGCAUCGCAUUCAACAGGCAUCAAACACGCGUCUAAUAGAUGCACACAGUUGCAGUGCUAAAAAUGAAACAUCGCAAGAAUGACCGUUUAUGAAAAAUCGUUUCUCGACUCUCGGUCAAAACCGUCAACAAAGUUUCUAAGCUCUAUGUUUUGCUCAAUGAAAACAAGCUACACACAAAAAACCAAACACUUAUGUUUAGAAGCGACCUAUAAUCAUUUGUACUCUUCUCUUUUUUCGCCUGCUUUGCCAUGAUUCGGAAGGUUGUGUUAAUUGCAAUGCCAGAUGCACUUCAAGUGAAAUAUUCACUAGCGUUCACAGCUCGAGGGGAAACAUUAAACACACAAUGAGCAGAAUAAGCGACCUUUGUUGUCUCGGGCACAGAAAUAUUCUGAGAAUUUUCCUCAGAGGAGAUGCAAUACUUAUACAAUACUUAUUCGAUUGGUAUACAAAACGUUUAAAUCCGUUCGUAGCAAAAAUAACGUUAACUUUAUUUCAUAGAAACGUGAACUGUUUUCUAAUUUAGCACUCUUAAUGUAAGACGUAGUCCUACGUCAAAAAUCUAAAAUUGGAGGCGAUAUACAUACAUCUAAGACACAUUACUUGUAUGAUGUGUAUAACUGGCAUAUGCAUAUGGAAUUGGAGGCCAUAUACAUGUAUAUGGGGUAUAUGAUGUAAUAUAAACCAUAAUUAUACGUUUUUUAUUUUCUAGGAUGUAUGUAUAUCGCCUCCACGUUUGCUUGUAUGGGCUGGCUAGGCGCAUCAUAUACAUGCAGUUUAUAUUAAUCAUACUUGUAUGUUUGAGAAUAUAAUCCUCAAAAUAAAAUCAUUACACUAAACCUUCGUUUCAAACAACUUAUACAGCUACUAAAUCACGCAUUAAACAUCAAGAAUUGCCGGGAAUCUCUUAUCAAUAUUUGUUCAAAUUUAAAAAUGUGCUUAACUCCAGUUUUGUUGACAACUUUUAUGCAUUCAAUUAAAUCGUACGAUAAACAGAAACAUUCCCACCUUUCAUCCUACAUUAAACACCUCGUAGUAGAAAUCUGUUAGUAUGCAUACACUCUCCUACGAAACAUAGUGGAAAAAAAUAUAUUCGUCGAUGUAAACAAGCGGUGAAAAAGGAGACACUUUGCGACGAGUGAUUUGUAUGAAGUUCCACUGCCGUGAUCACACCGAGCAAAAUUUCGUAUUUUGUAAAUCGAGAUAAUUUCUUACCGAGCUCGAAUAUCAUGUGUUGCAAUUGCAUAUAUUUAAGCGUAUAACCCUCUGAAGAUAUGCGUCAAGCAAACAAAACAACUCGAAAAAUUCUGACAGUUGCACCGAUCUUUUUCACUCGGUCGAUACUAUUGAUUUGCACGGUAUCUAUAAUAGUUAAAUAGAGCUAACGAGCAAAAUUCUCAUCGAAUCGAUUUCUAUAAUAGGGCCCAUUAUUUUGCUUCCAUAUGUACGCAUUGUACGGAAUCUUCUUCAUCAGCGCUCUUCCGGCGGUCUGGACACACACUCGGUUACAAUCCAUUAAAAGUUUGUUUAAUCAGCACCAGGGCUCGGCAUAGCCAAAUUCAACUGAGGAUAAUCAGGGGACCAUGAAGCCUGAAGCCAUCAGCCUUCGCAUUCAAUUGGAAACGAUUUUUUGCUUCUUCCAGCAGUUUCUCUGUCAACAUAAAUCAAAAGUCAUUCGGGCGUUUUCGUUGCUAUCUCCUCUACAAUGGUCCGUGUUCAUUUCAUUUUCACCAUCAAAUCAACAUCACGGCAUAUUGAAAUGACCUCCCCCUAGACUGAAUUCGUCUCUCUCUCUCUCUGUCUCUCUCUCUCUGUCUCUCUCUCUCAUUCUCUCUCUUUCUCUCUCAUUUCCAAAUUGUAGAUGAGUAAACGGUGGGCCAAUAAAGGAGUCAUUCAGUUAUGGUGCAACUACUUUUGUCGUAGGACUCUAUCAUUUCCAUACAGGGAUGUAAGUUCAGUGUUUUGAAAACGAGAGCGUUCCUCUGAAACAACAAGCGUUAAUACCUUUUUUCCGGCUCAACGAAAAGGUAUGAUUACUUCAUUCGAAAGAUUCAAUGUCUACGCGUUAUUUGCUUGUUAAUUAUUGACCGGAAAACUUGUUUCACUAGCAUAAAAAUUGCUUUGAAAACAGGCUAUUGAAAUCACCCAAAUCUGUAUAUAAGCUGGUGUUCGCUCGGAAAUCCAUUUAGUUGUGAUUGCAAAGUGACGGAAAGAUGGUCUCGCUCGCUUGCCUAAAUUCUAUGCUCUUCUCUCCCAAUGCCAUUUAUUUUCUGCAGCCGGACUGAACGAAGCCUUUAGCGAAAAACGAGGUAUUGAAGACAACUCGAUACGGAUUAUGUACAAAUGGUGAUAUUAACUAGGGAUUUGAUUGAGCGAAAAAUGUGAAAUGUUUGAUAUGGUGUAGAGAAUAUUCUACCAAAUUAAAGAAACCAUAUCGUUUGAUGCAAGCAGGAGGUUUAAUAUCAUUUGUUGACGAAUGUCACAAUCGAUCGAAGAUUCAAAUUGGCGGGGAGGGGGGUAUUGUUUGCGCUGGGUUUUUUCGAGGAGAAAUCAAUUCCUCCUUUGAGCGUUAAUAAUUCUUCUCCAUCUAAACGAAGUGGUAUUGUAAUCACUUUAUUCGAAAAUUGGAAUACCUAACAGUUUAUGCUUAUUAAUAGGAGUACCGGUAAGUUUCUUCGUUUUUUUCAAAAGUUAAUGCUUUAUUCUGCAAAAAUGGUUGCAAAUUUAAUAUUCAAAGUAUUGCCCAUCGCUAGUCACAACUUUUUCCCAUCUUACUGGCAAUUCAUGGACCUACUUAUGGAAAUAAUCGGCCGGUUUGUCGGCUAACCACGAAUCGAUCCAAUUUUUGACUUCAUCAAAAUUGGAGAAGUGCUGGUUAACCAGGUCAUGUUGCAUCGAUCGAAAAAGGUAGUAAUCGGACGGAGAAAUGUCUGGAGAAUACGGUGGAUGGGAACUCCUAUUUCAGCGUUUCCAAAUAUGUUUUGACCGGUUUCGCGACAUGCGGCCGAGCGUUGUCGUGCUGCAAAAUAACUUAAUCGUGUCUUUGCUCGUAUUGGGGCUGUUUUCCUUCAGUGCACGACUCAAACGCAUCAAUUGUCGUCGGUAGAGGUCCCCCGUAAUAGUUUCAUUCGAUUUUAGCAGCUCAUAGUACACCACACCCAGCUGAUCCUACCAAAUAGACAGCAUAACCUUGUGGCCGUGAAUAUUCCGCGCGGCCGUCGAUGUUGAUGCAUGGCCGGGGUAUCCAUACGUUGCCCGACGUUUGGGAUUGUCGUAAUGGACCCACUUUUCAUCGCCAGUAACGAUUCGAUGCAAAAAAAACCCUUUCUUUUAUUCCGUUGGAGCAGUUGUUCGCACGUGAAUAAACGGUGUUCGACGUCUCAUGGCUUCAAUUCAUACGGGACCCAAUGUCCUAUCUUUCGGAUCAUUCCCAUUGCUUUUAAACGAUCGGAUAUGGUUUGCUGAGCUACUCCAAGCGUAUCGGCGAGUUCUUUUUGCGUUUGUGACGGAUCUUGAUCGAGUAAAGCCUCCAAUUAUUCAUCUUCAAACUUUUUUGGCGGUUCGGAACGUUCUUCGUCUUUCAAGCCAAAAUUACCACUUUAGAACCGUGCAAACCACGUCUGACGCGCACAGUUGGAGCAUGGUCACCAUAAACUUCCACCAAAAUGCAAUGACUUGUCGCAGCUUUUUUCAUUAUAUUGAAGUAAUGAAGUAACACUCCCCGCAAAAACACUCUCGUUGGUACGAAAUUCGACAUACUCAAAGUGGCAAAAAAUCAUGUUGUUUACACUUCAACUGUUUGACAUAUACUGGAAAAGACGCGCAAUGACAGUAGUUUUCCAACGAAUGUCUGGAAAUUUAAUUCUCUGGAAUAAUAAUCAAGUUACGCCAUCUGUUGUAAAGCCGAAGAAACUUACCGGUACAUCUAAUAGUUUUAUUUUGUUUUAUUUACAUAUAAUGGCCAUGCCAUGUACCAAUAUCACAAGUAUUGUUUAUGUACAAAAAGGUCGAACAGCCCCCAUUGUCGACUUUUGAAUCUUGGGAUCAAGUACAGUAUUUCUGUCAAAACAGUUUCUUCGUCAAACAUCACACCAGAAAAAAAAGGAUGAGCACGGUAUAAAAUCGAAGGCCUACAUCAUAAUUAACAAACCAAGAGAACAUAAUCUCGUUGAACGUAUGUUAGUUGUGACAAACAUAAUGAUUCUACGAUGCCAAUCAGAGCUCAAAUUCCACCAAUAAGAGUGUGGUCGAAAAAGACUAUAAUUCACAAAACAAAAUAUUAACAUGGUCAGACACAUUGAGGUUAGGUUAAAGCAUAUGAAAAAGUGAUAUAAUCGUAGUAAAUGUCAGCAUUUAAUACAACUGGAUAUUGACGAAUCGGAUUAACUUUUGACGGCAACUAUGUUUAAAUAAUUGAUAAAAACAUCAAAUGGCGCUGUAAUAAUUUUUGAUUGUGCACCCAACUGAUAUGUGGUCUACGCACAAACCAUUGAUUGGUAGAUGUAAUUAUUUGGAACCAUUUUUAUGAGAAAAACAAAUUAAACACAUUUCCUAUCUCAGAUUGAUCAAAGUACCUUCCUAACUGAAUAAACCGUUGAAUGUUCCAUAGUUUUCCAUUGUUCCAUUAUUACUAUUAAAAACUGCUCUAAUCUACAACUUGUUGUAUUCCUAGUCUAGACUAGAAUAUUCACUUAAUCUAAAAUCAAACAAAUCUCUUAUACCCUCCAAAGACCAACAUCUUAAGAACCAUUACUGAAUUGUUGUACUUUAUUACCACUUAAGAGCCAUCUUCAGGACAAUUUGGCGGACCUAGUCAUUAGAUAAAUGUCAAUAAAUAUAUAGCAUAGACCAAAAAAUCACCAAAUGUUACAAGAAGAGUCAUCAUACAAUGAUAACUGAUACAAACCACACCGGUACCACAAGUAGUGAAAGUAGAAUGAUAUUGAGAUUGAGGUAAGAAUAUCAAAUUCAUAUUGAUAUUCAGAAGAUUUUUAGUAGUUUUUCGAUUGUACCAGAAAGAAAAACUAAUGAAAACCAGUGAUAGAAAAUCAAAUUAAAUGUUCCCCCGGUAUAUUUUUGUAUACUUUCGAUACAGAGUUUAUAAAUGUUGUGACCGUUAACGCUCUCCGGUUUGGUCGAUAAAACGGUACAUUUUCUAAAACAUUCAAACUUACAUGAGUGAGCAGUUCGAACAGUCAUUUAUUGUACAAUCUUUCGAAAUUUACUGAACGUUGUUGAAUCUCACGCUACACAUUUUGCAAUUGCUGUCGUGUUAUCCUUAAAAAAAAAAUGAAUGUUUAUACAUUGUAGUACAGACAAAAGGACGACGAUAGAAUCAAGGCUAUGAUAUUUUUUAAGUUGUUUCGGUGUUUGCAAUAAUUGAAACAUAUAUACCAGAUCAAUAAAAUGAAGGAAUUAA